CUUGGACUCAAGCACUGCAGAAUCUCUUUCUGGACUUCAGGGAAAGUCUCCUCAUGCCACAAGCGGUUUAAACGUGGAGAUUCUAAUCCAGCACAAACAUAUGCAGUACUUCUACCCAAAAUCCUGAGGAAUUUCAGAGCUGAUUAUACAACACUGCGUAACUUGCUGGAGGCCUUUUAUUUCUUUUUCAUUUUUAGAAUGAGUACAAAGUGAAACUUUUUUUCAUUUCAAUUGCUCUUUGGGGGGGCAUUACGGACAUUCUGUGAUCUACGCAACUCCAAUAGGACAGAGCUUUGGACUGCCAGCUGAAGUCAACACGGGAACUGUAAUCAAACCUAUCACUCUUACGUUUACUACUGUCUAUCUGAGCCAUGGCCUUUGCAGACCUGCUGGAGCAGGUGGGCAGCACAGGACGCUUUCAGGUCGUGCAUGUCACCUUGCUCAGUAUGCCCAUACUCAUGAUGGCCAGCCACAACUUGCUGCAGAACUUUGUAGCCGCUGUGCCUCCCCACCACUGUGCUACCCAUGGCAACCUUACCGUGUCCUCGAUGAGCGCGGCGGACGUGCUAAGGGCCACAGUGCCGCUGGACAGUAAUGGCAAACUGGACCGUUGCAAGCGAUAUGUCCACCCUCAGUGGCAGCUCUUGAGCAGGAACACUUCUGAAGAGCUGUGGGAAGAUGUAGAAGAGCCGGAGACACAGGGGUGUGAGGACGGAUGGUAUUACAAUACGAGUGAGAUGAGCUCAACCAUUAUUACUGAGUGGGAUUUGGUUUGUGACCUUCGUGCACUAAAGCAAAUGGGUCAAACUAUAUACAUGGGAGGUGUUCUUGUGGGAGCACUAGUCUUUGGAGGACUGUCUGACAGGUUUGGCCGGCGUUUUUUAUUGCUGAUGUCUAACCUGAUCAUGGCAGUCGGAGGAACAUGUGCUGCUUUCUCAACCUCCUUCACUUUGUUUUGUGUGUGUCGUUUCUUCUGUGGUAUGGCCCUGUCUGGCGUGGUGCUCAACUCCUUCUCCCUCAUUGUCGAGUGGAUCCCCACGCGUGUGCGGACAGUAGUGGGCACAGGCACAGGCUACUGUUACACCGCAGGUCAGCUGAUCCUGGCAGCAGUCGCUUACUUCAUCAGAGACUGGCGAUGGCUCACACUGGCAGUCUCUCUGCCUUUCUACGUGUCCUUCCUCUACUCAUGGUGGUUUUUAGAAUCUGCACGCUGGCUGGUCCUGAACAGAAAGUCAGAGCAGGCGGUCAAGAACCUCAAAACGGUGGCUCGCAUAAACAGACGGCGAGCAGAGGCAGACAAAAUCAAUCUUGAGAUGUUGGAAGAUUCCAUGAAGAAGGAGAUGGCCUGCUCAAAGGGAUCCUACAAUGGUCUCGACCUCAUUCGAACAGCUACUAUGAGAAGCAUCACUAUAUGUCUCAGUGCAGUCUGGUUCUCUACCAGCUUUGCCUACUAUGGGCUUUCCAUGGAUCUACAGAAAUUUGGGGUCAGCAUUUAUCUGAUCCAAGUCAUCUUUGGAGCAGUGGAUAUACCAGCCAAAAUCGUGGUAACAAUUUGCAUGAGCUUGUUGGGGCGAAGACCAUCUCAAUGUGGAGCUCUUGUACUGGCUGGCAUAAUGAUACUCAUUAAUCUUCUAGUGCCUUAUGACAUGCAGAUAUUACGCACCAGUUUGGCAGUGGUCGGGAAGGGUUGUUUGGCUGCCUCCUUCAGCUGCUGUUACCUGUAUUCUGGAGAGCUUUAUCCCACGGUCAUCCGACAGAGCGGAAUGGGUUGGGUGUCGAUGAUGGCUCGUCUGGGGGCAAUGGUGGCUCCUAUGGUGCUUCUUUCCGGGGAGGCUGUUCCAUGGCUACCUGGUUUCAUCUAUGGAGGGGCUCCUAUUAUCAGUGGGAUCUUUGCCUUCUUUCUCCCGGAAACCCUUGGAAUGCCUCUCCCAGAUACUCUCCAGGAUGUGGAGGACAGAGGUUUCAGGCGGACAAAUUCCAAAGACUCAAUUGUGAAAGAGGAUUUGGCCCUUAAGGACUUCUGCACCAUCCAGCUAAAAGAGUCUGUUUGAGAACUCACUCCGUUCAGUCUUACUGACUGCAACAGACAAAUGUAGAUGAUUGUUUCCGUACAGAACAGAAGUAAUAUAACAGUAUUAUAUCAUGGUAACAGUCAAAGGCUAUGUACCAGUGUGUCUACACCGAACACAACCGGCGCGACACGACAACUGGCUUGUUCUUAAUGGGUUUGUCAUGUCACGCCACGCCGCAUCCAGUGUGGACAACAUUUUUAAGUAUAACAGGUUUUAAUGGGUUCUAUUGUCUUUUGUUGUGUAAUGUCGCGUCGCACCGCGCAGUGUCCGGUGUGGUGUAAGGAGUCUCCUCUAUUAUAAAUUAUGCUGUUUUCUUAUCUUUCUUACUGGAAUUAUUGUAAAUUUUAAUUAUGUACUUUAAUAGAGCAAAACAUAUCUAAAGCAGUGAAGAUUUGUUUUGUAUGUGAAUUUUUGUUUUCUUACCUGAACUAUAAAAACAACAUAAAAUACAUAAACAGAUUGGAAUGACUACUUUAUUCAUAGAGUAUGCUCAGUUUUAAGUGUUUUGACAAAAAGUCCAAUGUACAUUAAAUAAACGGAACUUUUUCCCUGAGCAAUGAAAUAUUUGGCACUUCUCUGCAG